AUGUCCGUGAGGAAUUCGAAAACCGUCAUCAUAAUGUUGGGUAGUACAUUCCUUGUACUGCUCACCGUUUCACUCACGAAACCGUCAGCCUACAACGAUGUGGGUAUGCGCAGAAUCGGGCGAGCCUUCAACCUGGAUCACAUCAUGGGAGGACAAGUUCAAUAUCGCCCUCCUCCUAUAGUUGAAGAAACUUUUGAUGCCUGGCACGUCUGUCUUAGUGAAGCCCUAGCUCCUGCAAUGAACGACUCGAAUGAGCUUUGGAGCAAAUUCCGUGAUUCCGUGAAUGGAUGUGCCUCUUCGACACUAAUGAAGCAUAUCGCCUUGUCCGGUGCUUCAAACAAAGACAAGUACAAGUUCCACAUUUUCAACAAAACUGAUAAAACUCCAUCAAUCGUCAUCACACUGGGCGUUGGCUGGGACGUGUUGGCGGAGAAAAGACUGAAGGAAAUGUUACCGAAUGGUUCACAGUUCUACGGUGCUGAUCCGAUCUACGAGAAGAAUGCAGAACUCUACUCGGAAGUUGGACAGUUCUUUCCGUUAGCCGUUGGUAACGAAACAAAAGUUUCGAAAGCCUAUGUCAUGCCUAAGGAACUGGGAGGUUACGCUUACAAGCUUCUUAUUGUUUCAUUCGCUAAUUAG